CAUAAUUUAAACCAAUUCCCAUCUCCCUCCCACCCUUCGCUCUGGAGACGUACUGUCGUAGCCGAUCAACGGACUGGCCGGUCUAUAGCAUAAGGGGAAAUCAGGGGCACAAUUGGUUUAGUUGCUGGGCAAAGGGACCAACGAGUGACUGAUUGUGCACAAAAGUCUGGAGGUUGUCGGGUGGUACAGUAGGGGGUUUUGGGAGCCGGGUGGAGCAGUAGUAGAUUGGUGGGUGGUGUUAUGGUGGCAGUUAUAGAAGGGUGAUAUUCGUUGUAAACUGAAUGGUCUGACGGAGUAGGUUGGCCGUUUUUCGGGUUCUAGUUAACUGACGGCGUGCGAGCGCACUCGAGCAAAGGUGGUGAACGGAAACCGGCCGAGUACCGUACUGUAGUCCCCGUGUCCCAUUCUACUAAUACGACACCCACGAGUCAGGACAGCCAGCGAAGGGAGCCUGGACAAUGCCGGUCGCACCACGCUCUCUGUCGGAGACAUCAUCUCUCGGCAUUCGUAAAAACCCAUCACCGAUCCCUCGUUCUCAACACUCUUCCUUCUUGAACCCGAAAAACAAAGCCAUAUCAUACUCGAGCACUGUACCGGUAGUUGAUUCCGCAAGUCUUGGCACUGAGAACGACACGUGAUACCAAAUUGCGUGAUCGGAAUCCAGCAAAUUCGCCAAAGUCUGGAGCCUCAUCCCGGGACUAGGACAGCCAAUUAACUCAACACACUACUACCGGUAUACCAUCGUAAGAUGCGCGAUGCGCCAAUUCCCACACGAUCCUGGCAGGACUGAUGCCGCUCACUGCGACUCUCUCCGGUUCCCCGCGAAAACAAAAGCAAAAGGGAACCCUGGUUCGAGUUCAGCCCUCGCCCCCUCUCGUCGUGUAACCGCAGUGCGGAGUUUCCCUGCCUUUUGUUUUUGUCUACGGUAGUGCACUAGUACGGGCACUUGUUCAAUGCUAGUACUUGUAGAAUCGGGCUGUUUGGGGCGUAGUGCCUGGGCACGUGAAUUGACGUGAUCGGGGGGAAUGAAGUGGGGGGAAACGAUGAGUGGGCUUAGGGGAAAUUUUUUUUUCAUUUUUUUUUUUCACAUUGUAAGGAGGAAGGUAAUUCAUAAGGGCUCAGUGCGCCCACUGGGGGUCGAUUGGAAACGAGUUGGUCUGACUGUGGUGGUAUUGGAUACCUGCUGUGCCGGUAGAAAAAAGGAAGGGAAAGAGAAAAGAGUUCUGCCUAUCAUUACCAUGGCUGGUUCUACUAUUGCUAGUUUCCUAACGGCCCCGACAAUCCGGCUCAUUCUCCCCACCGGCGACUCCGGGGAGGAGGACCUUACGUACUCCGUCCACCGCCCGCUCCUGGCAAAGUAUACUUCGCUCUUACAAUCGCGUAAGCCCCGCGACUCGUAUGUCCUCCUCGACCCGUCGAGCGUGAGCGUUCCCACACUCGAUCAUGCGCUAGAAUUUUUGUACACGGGGGAUUACGUGCUCCCCGGUGAGCCGGGAGAGGAGGAAGAAGCUGAUGACCAACCGUUGCUGCAUUCCACUCGGCCAGCGGCGCAUCUCCCCCGCUCCCCGCUCAUGUACGCCGCUAUGGCGGGUGCUAUAGGCGUGUGGGGUAAGCCCGCGCCGGUGUUUGAAAAAGCGGACAACACAUCGACCUACACGUCGGAGUACUUUCCCGAGCAGAAAAACGGGGAGAAGAAGACCGCCAAGGUGAAUGGCAAUGACCACAGCGCCCAGGGUGGUAGUAGUAGCAAGCUCAAGUUUCCGAAUGGGUUGUUACCUUCUCCACCGCCGACGCCUUCGGCGUCUACUUUCCCAUCCUACUCCCCAGUGCUCUCGCCAAAGACCUCCCGCUCAUCGAGCCUCUCCUCCCAACCCCCCCCGAAAACCCCCGCCGUGCCCCAGGAACCCCACCACAUCCACAUCCUCCACACGAACCUCUUGGUCUACCGCUUCGCCAGCCUCCCAACCGUGCAAAUGCCCGCCCUUUCAGCUCUCGCACUGCACAAGCUCCGCACUCAAUUCGCUCAGACGCCGCUGGAAACGCUCCCAUCCCUCGUCAUCGAGUUCGCCCGGGAAGUAUUCAUCGCACGUAGCGACGAAAUGGAAUUGAGAGAGGCCCUGGUGGAACUGGUUGCUGGCCGGGCGCGCAAGCUCAGCUCCAAGGGGGAAUUUAGCGAGUUUGUUAAAGGGGGCGGCGUUGGGAGUUUGGUCGGUGUUUGGAGAAUGAGAGAUGGUAUCUUUGACGAGGCCGACGAGAAGAUUUUGAGAAGGAUUUGGGGGUGUUAGCGGUUUUGUAGGAUAGGUUUGGGUUUGAUGGGUGGGUGGAUGGAUGGAUGAGAUGUUGGUUUACUUGGCUCUUUUUUUCUUUCUCUCCUUUGGCUCGUUUUGGACUGGGUUGUCGUAUUAGUAGUGGCGGCGGGCGGACGGGCGCAUGUUCAAGAUAUCCCUUGUGAUUUCGUAA